CGUGGUCCUAUACUCGGCUGCCUCUCCCAAAGACGGAGCCGAGGAAAAGAAACAAAGAUCCGUAAGGAACCUGCCCUUCCACGUCCAGCCGGGUUGGGGAUGUCUCAAAGCAGAGAUUUCAGGAUGUGAACAAGGUAUUCCAGGAAACUUUCGAGUUUUGUUAUUUGCAACACAAGUGGUGGGGGACAAAAGAGAGGAAAAAAAUUUUUUUUAACCAACUUUAUUUUUUUGGUCUGCGGCAGCACGCCCGCUACACCUUGGUUUUCUUUCGCUUUGCAGCGGGCGACAGCCCUGGCGCCACCUGCACGUCCCGUGCGGAGCGGGGGGGUGGGGAGAGCUGCGCUGGGGGUCCCCCGACGCUCACUGCAAAGGGCAGUGCGAAUGACAGAGUGCAAGCCCUCUCCCUGCGUCCUCUUCAACGCCCCACAAACCCAUGUUCGCACUAAUUAUUUAUUUCGGAAGCUGAAGUCGCUGUUGGAAGAGCUCGCGACCAAAAGCCCGAGAUUGCGGCGGAGAUGAAGCGACGUGGUACCGCCGCCGAAGCUCCUCCUCUCCCCGGUGCUUCCCAGGACUACCUGGCGGCGCAGCAGGCUCAGCGCAUAUAUCCGGGGGUCCCCCGCUGAAGUCAGCGCUAAGCCCACCUCGCUCGGGCCACGCUCAGCCCACUCCCUCCGAGCUGCAGCACCGUCGCCCCGCGGGUCUGCCGUCCCGCCAGCCGCCUCGCCAACAGGCCGGACUCCGCGCGCCGGCGGGCCCAGGCCGCCGACCGAGCGCCCAGCGGGCUGCGCUCACGCAGUUGGCGUAGGCGGCUCUACGCUGGCGGCGCAGUGCCCGCCGGUCCGCCCGCCCCCUGCGCUCACCCCGCCCCCUCCCUCCCUCCUAAGGGCCCAGCGAAUGUAGCCCGCGAGAGAAAAUGGCGGCGGCGGCGGGGAAUCGCUCCUCGUCGUCGGGAUUCCCGAGAGUCGGGGCGGUAAGCCCUGAGGCAGGCGGCGGCGGAGGGGCCCUCAAGUCGAACAGCGGGCCCUUGGCGGCCGCGGGGUUCCUGCGGGAGGCGGGCAGCGGGGGCCGUGAGCGGGCGGACUGGCGACGGCGGCAGCUGCGCAAAGUGCGGAGUGUAGAGCUGGACCAGCUACCCGAACCGCCGCUCUUUCUCGCCGCGUCUUCGCCGUCCUCCUCCACGUCCCCGUCGCCGGAGCCCGCGGACGUCGCGGCGGGCGGGAACAGCUUCCAGCCUGUGGCAGUACCGCCGCCCCACGGAACCGCAAGCCGCGGCGGCACUCAUCCUGCGGAGCCGGCGGCUGCACGGGACAGCGGCGCCCGGAGCCCCGCGGGGGCCGAGCCCGGGGAGAAGCGGGCGCCCGCCACCGAAACGCCUCCUGCAGCGGUCCCUGCCGGACAUGUGACAGGCGUGCGAGCUACACUGCGGGGACUCGUGGUCAUAAGGUGUGGGGGCCCCGGCUGGCUUUGUGGGGCCCCAGAAAUCGGGGCUCUCCAAGGAGCCCGGGCAGGCAGGUACCGGGGGUCGGGCCCUGACGACGGCGGCGCGCUCCAGAGCACCGGCCGCAGGGGACUCCUGGUGGCCGGCGGUGGUGACUGCACCCCGCAGCUCCUCUCGGGCAUGGUUCGGGGACCGCGGCGAGGUUGCGGUGCUUCCUGUUCUGUGCAGCUGCGCGGGCCGCCCGCCGACUGCCGGAUUCCAGUGGCCACAGUACCGGGAGCGACGGCUCUGAUAAGUCCCUUGGUGCAUUUGAUGUACGACAACUGUAGUUGUGGGCGUGGAACAUUUUGUAUUCAUCUGCUGUUUGUUAUGCUCCGGGUAUUUCAACUAGAACCUUCGGACCCAAUGCUAUGGAGAAAAACUUUAAAGAAUUUUGAGGUUGAGAGUUUGUUCCAGAAAUAUCACAGUAGGCGUAGCUCAAGGAUCAAAGCUCCAUCUCGUAACACCAUCCAGAAGUUUGUUUCUCGCAUGUCAAAUUCUCAUACAUUGUCAUCAUCUAGUACUUCUACAUCUAGUUCAGAAAACAGUAUAAAAGAUGAAGAAGAACAGAUGUGUCCUAUCUGCUUGUUGGGCAUGCUUGAUGAAGAAAGCCUUACAGUGUGUGAAGAUGGCUGCAGGAACAAGCUGCAUCACCACUGCAUGUCAAUCUGGGCAGAAGAAUGUAGAAGAAAUAGAGAACCUCUAAUAUGUCCCCUGUGUAGGUCUAAGUGGAGAUCCCAUGAUUUCUACAGCCAUGAGUUGUCAAGCCCUGUGGAUUCCUCUUCUUCUCUCCGAGCUGCACAGCAGCAAACCACACAACAGCAGCCUUUAGCUGGAUCACAAAGAAGGAAUCAAGAGAGCAAUUUUAACCUUACUCAUUAUGGAACUCAGCAGAUCCCUCCUGCUUAUAAAGAUUUAGCUGAGCCAUGGAUUCAGGUGUUUGGAAUGGAACUCGUUGGCUGCUUGUUUUCUAGAAACUGGAAUGUAAGAGAGAUGGCCCUCAGGCGUCUUUCCCAUGAUGUUAGUGGGGCCCUGCUGUUGGCAAAUGGGGAGAGCACUGGAAAUUCUGGGGGCAGCAGUGGAAGCAGCCCAAGCACUGGAGCCGCCAGUGGGUCUUCCCAGACCAGUAUCUCAGGAGAUGUGGUGGAAGCAUGCUGCAACGUUCUGUCAAUGGUCUGUGCUGACCCUGUCUACAAAGUGUACGUUGCUGCUUUAAAAACAUUAAGAGCCAUGCUGGUAUAUACUCCUUGCCACAGUUUGGCGGAAAGAAUCAAACUUCAGAGACUUCUCCGACCAGUUGUAGACACCAUUCUAGUCAAGUGUGCAGAUGCCAAUAGCCGCACAAGUCAGCUGUCCAUAUCAACACUGUUGGAAUUGUGCAAAGGCCAAGCAGGAGAGUUGGCAGUUGGUAGAGAAAUACUUAAAGCUGGAUCCAUUGGUAUUGGUGGUGUUGAUUAUGUCUUAAAUUGUAUUCUUGGAAACCAAACUGAAUCAAGCAACUGGCAAGAACUUCUGGGCCGCCUUUGUCUUAUAGAUAGACUGUUGUUGGAAUUUUCUGCUGAAUUUUACCCUCAUAUUGACAGUACUGAUAUUUCACAAGCUGAACCUAUUGAAGUCAGGUAUAAGAAGCUGCUGUCCCUCUUAACCUUUGCUUUGCAGUCCAUUGAUAAUCCCCACUCAAUGGUUGGUAAACUCUCCCGAAGGAUAUAUUUGAGUUCUGCAAAAAUGGUUGCUACAGUACCCCAUGUAUUUUCAAAACUGUUAGAAAUGUUGAGCGUUUCUAAUUCCACUCACUUUACCAGGAUGCGUCGUCGUCUGAUGACUAUUGCAGAUGAGGUAGAAAUUGCUGAGGCCAUCCAGCUGGGCAUGGAAGAUACUUUGGAUGGUCAACAUGACAGCUUUUGCAUUCAUCUGCCCCUAACAGCUACUCAGAAACCACAGCGAACAGUUCAUGAGUGCACAGCCCAUUUAGAGAAAACUGGAAAAAGAUUGUGUGCUACAAGAUUGAGUGCCAGUUCAGAGGACAUUUCUGAUGGCCUGGCUAGCAUCUCAGUAGGACUUCCUAAUUCAACAACAACAGAGCAACCAAAGCCAAUGGUUCAAACAAAAGGCAGACCCCACAGUCAGUGUUUGAACUCCUCUCCUUUAUCUCAUCAUCAUUCCCAGUUAAUGUUCCCAGCCUUGUCAAGCCCUUCUUCAUCUGCCCCAUCUGUACCAGCCUGCACCAUAACAGAUGUCUCUAAACAUAGACCUCAGGGAUUUGUUCCCUGCAAAAUACCGUCUGCAUCUCCUCAAACACAGCGCAAAUUUUCCCUACAGUUCCAGAGAAACUGUUCUGAAAACAAAGACUCAGAUAAACUUUCUCCAGUCUUUACUCAGUCAAGACCCCUGCCCUCCAGUAAUAUACACAGGCCAAAGCCAUCUCGACCUACCCCAGGAAAUACAAGUAAACAGGCAGAUGCCUCAAAAAAUAGCAUGACACUUGAUCUGAACAAUACUUCCAAAGGUGAUGACAGCUUUGGCAGUAGUGGCAAUAGUAGUAAUGCUCUUAUACCCAGUGAGGAGACAGUGUUCACCCCGGUAGAGGAGAAAUGCAGGUUAGAUGUCAACACAGAGCUCAACUCCAGUAUUGAGGAUCUUCUUGAAGCAUCUAUGCCUUCAAGUGACACAACAGUCACAUUUAAGUCAGAAGUUGCUGUCCUCUCUCCUGAAAAGGCUGAUAAUGAUGAUACCUACAAAGAUGAUGUGAAUCAUAAUCAGAAGUGCAAAGAAAAGAUGGAAGCUGAAGAAGAAGAAGCUUUAGCAAUUGCCAUGGCAAUGUCAGCAUCUCAGGAUGCCCUCCCCAUGGUUCCUCAACUGCAGGUUGAAAAUGGAGAAGAUAUCAUAAUUAUUCAACAAGAUACACCAGAGACUCUACCAGGACAUACCAAAGCAAAACAACCUUAUAGAGAAGACACAGAAUGGCUGAAAGGUCAACAGAUAGGCCUUGGAGCAUUUUCUUCUUGUUAUCAGGCUCAAGAUGUGGGGACUGGAACUUUAAUGGCUGUUAAACAGGUGACAUAUGUCAGAAAUACAUCUUCUGAGCAGGAGGAAGUGGUAGAAGCAUUAAGAGAAGAGAUAAGAAUGAUGAGUCACCUGAAUCACCCAAACAUCAUUAGGAUGUUGGGGGCCACGUGUGAGAAGAGCAAUUAUAAUCUCUUCAUCGAGUGGAUGGCAGGGGGAUCUGUGGCUCAUUUGCUGAGUAAAUAUGGAGCCUUCAAGGAAUCAGUAGUUAUUAACUAUACUGAACAAUUACUUCGUGGCCUUUCUUAUCUCCAUGAAAACCAGAUCAUUCACAGAGAUGUCAAGGGUGCCAAUUUGCUAAUUGACAGCACAGGUCAGAGACUGAGAAUUGCAGAUUUUGGAGCUGCAGCCAGGUUGGCGUCAAAAGGAACUGGUGCAGGAGAGUUUCAGGGACAGUUAUUGGGGACAAUUGCAUUUAUGGCACCUGAGGUACUAAGAGGUCAGCAGUAUGGUAGGAGCUGUGAUGUGUGGAGCGUUGGCUGUGCUAUCAUAGAAAUGGCUUGUGCUAAACCACCUUGGAAUGCAGAAAAACACUCCAAUCAUCUUGCUUUGAUAUUUAAGAUUGCUAGUGCAACUACUGCUCCAUCAAUCCCUUCACAUCUGUCUCCUGGUUUACGGGAUGUGGCACUUCGUUGUUUAGAACUUCAACCUCAGGACAGACCUCCAUCAAGAGAACUACUGAAGCAUCCAGUCUUCCGUACUACAUGGUAGCCAAUUGUACAAAUAAACUAUAAUGGCGACAGGAUGCUCAACAAGAGAAAAAAAACUUUUGUGGGGAAUCAUGUUGAUAAUCUGCUGGCCUUCAUGCCCCUGAACAGCUAAGAACGAGACCUGUGGGGAAUCUUUACCUAAGUAUGUGAUUGACAAAUCAUGAUCUGUACCUAAGCUCAGUAUGCAAAAGUCCACAACUUGUGCAGAAACUGUAAACCGUGCCUUUCAAAGAACUGGCCCUAGGUGAACAGGACAGCAAUGAAGUUUGCAUGACUAAAUAACAGAAGCAUAAUUUUAUUUUAUUUUUUGGAGCACUUUUUCAGCAAUAUUAGCAGCUGAGGGGCUCAGGAUCUAUUUUAAUGUUUCAGUUACUCUUCCAUUUUAUAUCGUGAUCACAAGCAGGGGAUUCUGUGAUUCCGUUCGGUUUUUUGUCACUGGCUAUAAAAAUCAGUUAUCUGCCUCUUUUAGGUCAGAGUAUGCUAUGAGUAGCAGUAAAUACAUAUUUUUUAAGGUCGAUAACUUCUUUAUGAUCCAUGGUUGACCUUUUUUUUAAAUAACCUGGGCAAUUGUGGUUCAUUGUGCAUUUUACUGUUGGCCCAUUCAUUUCGUUUUUGGAAAUUAUGGUUCUGUAUUUUCAUUUCACCUUCAUUUUUGUUUAAUAUUCAGGGAAAGGUGAUCUUUUCAAACCAGGAAAAAAAAAAAUAGAACUAGGUGUGAAGAAGAGUUCAUUAAAUAUCUUGCUAUUGCAAGUGUUUUUUAAAUACAGGUUUAAUUUUAUUUGUUUUUUAAAUUGGAAUAUAAUAAAAUACUACCUUCAUUGAGUCAGUCACUGCUCUUAUUGUGCAGGUUAAGUAUAAAUUAAAUGAAAAUCAACUAUUCUCUGUGAUGCAGCUCACAACCAAGAUCAAGAUUACUAUAAAAUGUAUUUGAACUUUUUUAAUCUAGCAGUUUCUUUUGUCAAACUGUAGGAAACUUCACACCAUUUAAGUCUUUGUAUGUUAACAAUCCAUUGUUCACCAUCACCACUGAUAACAUUUAACUGCUAUUUUCCUUCUGCCAUGCAUCAUCUCUUUACAGUAGGUCUGGCCUACUGGAUAGAUAAAGGAAAAUUAAUUUAAUUACUCAACUACCAAUGAGUAAUGGUGUGUUUUUUAACAUUAAAUUUGCUUUGAAGUUGGAAAAUGUGACCAGGAAGAAAAGUGAAAUUGAAUUUUGUUUACUCACUAUUUCCUUGGGUUUUGCACAAUUAUCCAAAGGUUUUAGCCUCGAGUUGAAUUCAAAUGCAUGGAAUCCUGAAGGAAAAUGGUAGCUCUUUUAUCCUUUUUUUGUGAGUCUUUUAAAUCAAGUACUGAUUAAAUAUUUAAUAUACAACUUUUUGAGAUGUUAAGUUUUAACUCUUCAGAAGCCAGUUGAAUUGUUGCAGAGUAAAAUAGAAUUGGUUAUUCUCAAAGACUCAGGAUAAACUAAAUAAGCUAUAUAGAGUACAUUUGAAAUGUACAACACAAAUUGGAAGUCAAAUAAGUUACAAGACAAGUUUACAAGGAUAUAUUGCUUGUAAUUUUUAAAAGGCAGUUUUUUUUAUAUGAAUGUGUUUCUUCUUAAAAUUUUACAUUCCUUUGUUUUGGAAGAUUGGCACUAUUUGAAGAGUUAAAAGAAAAAUAGUACCGAAAUGUGAAGUUUGGUAGCUCUAAAUGUGUUGUACUUGACUGUCUUUUUAUUUUCUUUAUUUUUUGACUACUUAGAAUUUUCACAGUUCUACUAAAAUUGUUCCCAAGUCUCUCAUGUGCAAGCUUUAAAGGAUGCACUCUUGCCAUUUUGUGUACUGGAAGAUCAUUUGUCAGAUUAAUACUGUGUCUGGCAGAAAUGUAAACUGUAUAAACUGAGGAACCUCAGCUAAUCAGUAUUACUUUGUAGAUCACCAUGCCCACCACAUUUCAAACUCAAACUGCCUCUAGAUGUCAAAAUCCAUUGUGUUUGAGUUUGUUUGCAGUUCCCUCAGCUUGCUGGUAAUUGUGGUGUUUUGUUUUUUGUUUUGUUUUGUUUUUUUCAAUGCAAAUGUGAUGUAAUAUUCUUAUUUCUUUGGAUCAAAGCUGGACUGAAAAUUGUAUUGUGUAAUUAUUUUUGUGUUCUUAAUGUUAUUUGGUACUCAAGUUGUAAAUAAUGUCUACUGCUGUUUAUUCCAUUUUCUACUACCUCAGGUGUCCUAUAGAUUUUUCUUCUACCAAAGUUCACUUUCACAAUGAAAUUAUAUUUGCUGUGUGUGACUAUGAUUCCUAAGACUUCCUAAGACUUCCAGGGCUUAAGGGCUAACUUCUAUUAGCACCUUACUAUGUAAGCAAAUGUUACAAAAAUAAAAAUUAAAAAAAAAAAAAAAAAAAAAAAAC